AUGCCGUUCGGUUGGCGCAGACGGCAGCCGCUCGAGCAGCACGACGCUGCUGCCGAGAAGGCCGAGGUGCAGCGUGUGAGAAAGCGCGACCUGCUGCGCCAGCUUUUCACGGGCGUGUACGCGGAAAAGAAGCAGCCACGCGCUGCCAGCAUCCCCAGUAUCGUCGAGCCCGAGCGCAAAAGCCGUAUUGUUGAGCCCUUCAGAGGCCUGAAGAAGCACUACCGCUCGCGCUCGUCCUUUGUGAAGACCGCCGACGACGACAAAUCCACCACCGCCGCCGCCUCCACCCCCGACCUCGCGGCCGCCCAACCAGCCCAACCAGAGGAGACCGAGGACGCCAGAUCAGAGGCUCCCGACGAUGUUUCGACUCCCGAUCCGAGUGGCUUGACUGAAGACGAUAUCCCCAACCUGUUCGCUGGCGCCCCUCUUUUUUCUGUAGACAAGAUCAAAGGCAGGCGCAUCCCGAGAGUUGACUUUCCUUACGACGACACCCUCAUUGUUCGAGAUGUCAGCGACAGUCCGCAACUGUCCCACGAAGCCUUUUCCUCUGCCACUCUCCGGCCUCAUCUUUGCCAGGUUGGACACCAGGAUGAGAAGAAGGGGCUGCCCAUGGGUUACGACAUCAACGUGGUGGAGAUUCCGAGCAUGUUGAGCGCGCAGGGACUGGACGCUGGGACCAUUGGCUUUGACCAUUUUCUGGAGAUUCCGAGAUCCGACCACCUCCGCCUAGAGGACAACGACGAUGAAGCCAUCGCGAAUCGGGACCUGUUGGAGGAAGCGCCGGAAAAGUUGGGAAUCAAAUGGCUUGACCAACGGUUGAUCUACGAGCGGCUUAUGGAGCUCAGCCAGGUCCACCAAACCUUUAAGGAGACCGCCGGCAAGACCACCAUUCUGCACUCGCAAUCCCCUGGAGAGAUGUACGCCCACCUUUUCGGUAAAUUUCUGAUGCCACCUCGUUACGAUGGAUCGACAGGAGACCCCACUGGACUGAAGGUGCAAAUCGAGACUUUGAUCCGGGUUCUCAGGUUGAAAGGAAUUUGGAACGACUUCAGUCUCGUGGAAUGGCGGAUACGUUUUGGCCGGAUCUUAUGGGACAGCCCCUCUUCGGAUCCUGACGAUUCGGAGGAAUACGCCGGGCCGAGCGAAAGGGACAUGCUCCUCCUCCAGAUUCUGCUGGCUUCGGAGCUCCUCCUUCGCUUGGAUGCGAUCUCGGGGCUCCCUGUGAAGGAAGUUACGGAACAGCUGAAUUUGACUGAAGCUGAAGUCCGCAGCUUCACGAGCAUGAAGUCGCGCAAAAUUGACUGGGACUUGGUGCUGGCCAGACGGUUCUUGGAGAAUAUCGAAAUCAGCGAGGAGACACCGGCCCCUCUUACCCCGAAGAGGAGAGGGUUUCUUGCCGCCCUUAACGUUGGGCGCUCUACCGAGGAGACUGAAGAACCGCAGGAAACUGAGUUCUGGCUACGGCCCCGCUACCGAGAGCGCCAACUCUCCGGGCUCCUUCAUUUUGCCGAAACUAUCGGUUGGCCUAGACUCAGGGAACUUUCGAUCAAUUUGACAGCUAAACUUCAGGACAACGGGACACCCCCAUCGCCGAGUAUUUACGCUACACCGCUUGCUUCCCCUCUUGCGACUCCACGUAUACCAAAGGACCUUAACGGAUACUUUGACCAAGAAUUUCAUCGCCCACGUCCGAGUCGCGUGAGUACCUCACGAUCCAUCCAGUUACACCCGUCGGUUACCUCCACACCUGCCACGCCUCCACGACCUUCGCUGCUCAGGAGGGAUAGCUCACAGCCCACCUCGAGCUCGAGCAAUGGACCCACCGACAUUGGCGGCUGGCUAAGCCGGACUUACCUCACUGGCCUGGUCCUUCCCGGCGAAGCCAUCUCGCAUUUUCUCAUUUCGACUUUGCUGGAAAAUGACAGGUCGGCUGUGACUGCGCUCGGAGAGUUGGCUAAUCUGUAUGGCGGAUUCAUCUACGCUGAACGCAGCUGGUGGAGCAAGAGUUGUAUCGUUGGCAGGGUUCUCGCAACCAUGGAUGGCUCGAAAGAGUGCAUGGGCUGGAUCAGCACACCUUACGUUCCGAUCGGCUUCCAAGAUUCAUGGAUCGAUAUCGUCAACGGUACCACACCGCCAAGCCCAGGUAAAAAGUCAAAGGCAAGGAUCGACUGCGCAGAAAAGAUUGAGCUCGACGCGAGCUACUUGGCGGGGAAGGCGGAUAGCGAGGUUACUGGAGAAGACCUUACUCUGCCCAGGGAUUCGAUCGAACCGCCGCCAAGGCUAGUCCGUUUCCACAGCCUGCAGCUACUUCCGGAACCCGUGGUGGAAAUCCCAGGCCCGGUCUUAGCGGGAGAGGUCGAGCCGCAGCCCAGCUACGCAGCUCAAAUGACCUUCGAUCUGUUGGAAACGAGCGUCACUCUCUCGUUGACUUACGAUAUUCAGUUUAUCACUGCCUGGCCGUGCACACCGCCAUCUUCCGCUACGAACAAGAAGCUGCGCCGCCUGAACAGGAACUCCACCGGUGGCAGAAGCGGCCCAGUUUCCGCUCACCCGCUGCACGUCGCGCAUAAGUACCGCGUAAUCACACCGGUGCAACUUCUUGCAGGCUCACCGCAUCUCACGCCCGCAUCAUCGACGAUUUCCCUUUUGGACGAAACAGCGGCUAGCGGCGAAGUCCUCGUGAUCGAUGCACGCCCACCGCGUAAUUCGGCUGAUUCGGGACCGGCUCUCAAGCCUCCAACUGAUUGCACGGCCACUCCCUCAAGUGGGGCUGACGCAGCGCUCCUGGCUCGUGCGUGGUGUGCGGACCGCGGCGAGCACGCACUCGUCGGACGUGUGGGCCGGACUUGUCUGGCCUGCUGCGUGAGAGAGGCGCGGGCCCUCGGCGUACGCAUUGUCAUUCGCGUCUGA